AUGCAACUUAGACGCCGAGGCAGCAGGGCUUCCCCUGCCGAUGAGUUCCGGGCCGGUACAGUCCCAACAUUUCCGAACGGUGGCUACGGAUGGGUCUGCACAGCCGCCUCUGCCAUGAUCAAUGCCCACACGUGGGGCCUCAACUCGAGCUAUGGGGUGUUCCUCGCCCAUUACCUGUCGGUCGAGUACUUCGCCGGCGCCACACCUCUAGAAUAUGCCUUCAUUGGGUCUCUCAGUAUCAGCUGUGCUCUGAUGGUUUCACCUAUCGCAACAGCUCUAACGAGAGAGAUCGGGGCGAGACCAACCAUGCUGUGUGGCGUGGUAAUACACACGGCAGGCUUGAUACUGGCCAGCCUUGCUACAAAGGCCCUCCACCUAUUCUUUACCCAAGGCAUUCUAUUCGGCCUUGGAAUGGGACUGCUAUUUAGUCCGGCUGCCGCAAUUGUUCCCCAAUGGUUCAGCACGCACCGCUCCCUUGCCACAAGCAUAUCCGCCAGCGGCUCUGGACUUGGUGGCUUGAUCUAUUCGAUUGCUUCGGGUGCCAUGAUCCAAAAAUUCGGGGUCCCGUGGACACUUCGUGUCUUGGGCAUCGUGGCCUUUGUUGUCAACACUCUCUGCGCCUGUCUUGUGAAAGACCGCAGUAGCGCGAUUGGAUCGACUCAGUUGGCCUUCGAUACUCGACUACUCCGCCGACCUGAGUUUCUCUUAUUGCUUGGCUUCAGCUGGUUCAGCAUGCUUGCGUACGUGAUCCUGAUUUUCAGCCUGUCCAACUACGCAACCUGGAUCGGGCUCGACCCCUCGAAGGCUGCUCUUAUCAGUGCCCUCUUUAACCUUGGACAGGGGCUCGGGCGCCCCGUCAUUGGCUAUUUCAGUGAUCAGACCGGGCGCCUCAACAUGUCAAUUCUGAUGACCCUCUUUGCGUCUUUACUCUCGCUUGCCGUCUGGAUUCCUGCCAAAACGUACCCUGUUCUUGUUCUAUUCUCUAUUGCUUGCGGACCUGUUGCCGGGACCUUUUGGGCAACCAUUGGCGCUGUUACAGCAGAAGUCGCGGGGAUUCAACAGGUCCCGACAGCGCUGAAUUUGGUCUGGCUGUCUAUUGCCCUACCUUCCUUGUUCAGUGAACCAAUAGCCUUACCGAUUGUAUCUGGGACAGAGUCUUAUCUGGGUACACAAUUAUUCACCGGUUUUAUGUUCCUAGCCGCAGUGGCUUGUUUUCUCGUCGUCCGUGGUUGGAAAGUCAACACGCCUACUGACACUCGUCGAGAAUUUGAGGAACCAGUCCAGGAAGAGUGUCUUGAUGAUCAGUCAAUCCGCGUUGGCGUGGCCGUCAAUCAGGAGAAAUUUGACGGAAGGGCAGCAAUGAUGAGCUGCUUCAGGUGGGAGAAGGUGUAG